ACGAAAACUAAUCGUAAUGGUGGUGAACCCGUAAACUAUUGACUGAGCGGAAUUAUUUUUAUUUGUUUUCUAGAUAAUCUAGUUUAGAAUUUCAUUGUUUAAGUGUAGUGGCUGCGGCCAUAUCAUGCUUGCUUAUGUCGGGAUUAGCUGAAACUCCUAUUUCUGCCAAAGAAGGCGGUAAUCUGUAUAAAAAACGAUCACUGCCUGUCAGCGAAUCGUGUAGCAAAAGAGUGAAAAUCAACGAAAUGAGCGCAGAGGAGAAAAUAUCAAAUUUUUCGCUAGUGAAUCCAAAUUCUAACGGGAUAAAGAUGUCGUCAACAUCAAUGAACAAGCCUGGCGUUACUGCAAAAAAGCUGAUAAUUAAGAAUUUCAAAAGUAAACCGAACCUUCCAGACAAUUAUCAGGAAACGACAUGGAGCAAGCUGCGGGAAGCUGUUGUCGCCAUUCAGACCUCAAAAUCGAUAGCCUAUUCCUUAGAAGAAUUAUAUCAAGCCGUCGAAAACAUGUGUAGUCAUAAGAUGGCUUCACAACUUUAUGUUAACUUAACAAACUUGGUAGAAGCUCAUGUGAAAGCCAACAUUGAGCAGUUCUUGUCCGAGAGCAUGGACAGACAGGUCUUUCUAAAGAGGAUGGACGACUGCUGGCGAGCUCACUGCAGACAAAUGAUUAUGAUUAGAAGCAUUUUUUUAUAUUUAGACCGAACCUAUGUCCUUCAAAACCCUAGUAUACAUUCAAUUUGGGACAUGGGCCUAGACCUGUUUCGUCACCAUAUAGCAAUGAAUACACUUGUCCAGACUCGUACAGUAGAUGGCCUCUUAUUACUUAUUGAACGUGAGCGAGGAGGUGAUUCAGUAGAUAUAUCUUUGCUGAAGAGUCUUCUACGUAUGCUCUCUGAUCUACAAAUAUAUCAGGAAGCAUUUGAGCAUAAAUUCCUUCAAGCAACUGAAAGGCUGUACGCUGCAGAAGGACAACGUUUGAUGAGGGAACUGGCAGUUCCUGAAUACCUUGCCCACGUAGAGAAAAGACUUAAAGAGGAGAAUGAUCGCCUUUUACAUUAUUUAGACCCAUCAACCAAAUGGCAACUGGUGGUGGUGGUAGAGCGACAGUUGCUGGGUGAACAUGUGGCCGGGAUACUCGGUAAGGGCCUGGCUGCAUUGUUGGACGCACCACGACUACAUGACCUGGCCACACUCUACACGCUGUUCUCCAGGGUUAAGGAUGGCCUGGCUGAACUUUGUCAUCAUUUCAAUGGUUACAUCAAGAAAAAGGGAAGAACGAUAGUAAUAGAGCCAGAGCGAGACAAGACGAUGGUAACUGAGCUACUCGACUUCAAAGAACAACUGGACCAUGUAGUCAACACAUGCUUCCAGAGAAAUGACAAAUUCAUAUACUCUAUGAGAGAAGCCUUUGAAUUCUUUAUUAAUCAGAGACAGAACAAACCUGCUGAAUUAAUUGCCAAAUUUGUGGAUCUAAAAUUGAGGGCCGGUAAUAAAGAAGCAACUGAAGAAGAAUUAGAACGUCUGCUAGACAAGAUAAUGGUUUUGUUCCGUUUCAUACACGGCAAGGAUGUUUUUGAAGCUUUCUAUAAAAAGGAUCUAGCAAAGAGAUUGCUAGUAGGUAAAUCUGCAUCGGUGGACGCUGAGAAGUCGAUGCUUAGUAAACUGAAGCAAGAGUGCGGAGGUGGCUUCACCUGUAAACUAGAAGGAAUGUUCAAAGAUAUGGAGCUAUCUAAAGAUAUCAAUAUUACAUAUAAGCAGGUAAAUGGCACUGAUUCUCGGUACAGGAUUAUCGGAGAAUUUAGUAUGUCCUACUAUAUACUACUGCUAUACAAAUACUACAUUACACAAAGGAUGGUUGCCUUUGGUAACAAAGAGCUACAGGUUUCGUUAUUCCAAGCUCUGGUCCUGUUAUUGUUCAACGAUGGAGACAAUCUCUCUUUUGAAGACAUUAAGGUUUCCACCAAUAUAGAGGAGGGAGAGCUCCGCCGCACGCUGCAGUCCCUGGCGUGCGGGAAGGCGCGCGUGCUGAGCAAGGCGCCGCGCGGUCGGGACGUGCAGGACCUCGACCACUUCUCCUUCAAUGCGGACUUCACCAACAAGCUGUUCCGGAUCAAAAUCAACCAGAUACAGAUGAAGGAGACGAGCGAGGAGCAGAAGGCGACGGAAGAGCGCGUGUUCCAAGACAGGCAGUACCAGAUCGACGCGGCCAUCGUCCGGGUCAUGAAGAUGAGGAAAGCGCUCUCGCACAACCUCCUCAUAUCCGAACUGUACAACCAGCUCAAGUUUCCGGUUAAGCCCUCCGAUCUAAAGAAGCGCAUAGAGUCCCUGAUCGACCGCGACUACAUGGAGCGCGACAAGGACAACCCGAACCAAUACAACUACGUGGCGUAACAGCAGUCCAGCGACGUCGCUUUAACGAAAAUAUUAUUUAUUUAAAACGGUUAUUGUGUCUGCGGGCACCUCCUCCCCAACCCCCCCCCAUGCACGCCACCCGCAGCGCGCACUCGCCGCGAGUGGUUAGCGAGGCCAUACACAGCUCCAGUCAACAACUUCACUAAUCUUUAGGAAAUAAUAUAUAUGUAUGUACAUAUUAUAUAAAUAAAUAUAAAAAUAACGUAUUUUACGCACGACGGAAUAACUAUAAUUCGUUUUCUCCUAAAUUCACAAACCGUACCGUUGUUU